AUGGAAAGACCAUAUUUGUCCGGCCAAGAAGACCAAUACAUAUCAGAGCGAUUGAUACCUAGGUCAAACUCAACUUCGAAUUUGUUUUCCUUGUCUAGUACAUUCUCUAAGCUUAAUGUCAGAAACGAUGCGGAAUACAAUUCUUUUGGCCCAAAUAAAAAGAGACAAAUUAACCGUUGUGGGAACGGCCAAGACCAUAUGACUAGAACCAAUAAUUUUCCAAUGAGGUCUUCUUCAAUGACAGCCGCCCAACGUAACAACAAAGGCGCAUUGUUUACAGUCAAAGGAAGAAACUCAUACCACGAAGGGUUAAAUAAGGAUCACUAUUACCAAGACCAGUGCCAAAAUACACCGAAUAGCGUAAGGAUGUACAGAAAGUUAACACCUUAUCAAAUGCAACGUUCUAAAAUGAAAACAAGCUUUCAAUUUCCUAAUGGGGAGGUGUUCAAGCCAAAACCUGAGGGGAGAAACUCUACCAGCUCAAAAAAAAUAAGCUUAUCUUCCAAGAACCCAUUUUCCUUUCGCUUUGGCCAGAAGGAAGGUAGUGCUUCGUUAGAAAAUCUUCCCGCCAAAGUUUCCUCUGCUCCGAACAUGGAAACUUUUCAGGAUACGGAUAGCCUGAACUCAGACAGUUCAGUUCCCUCGACAACGAAAAGUUCGAUAGCGUCAUCUUCUCCAAUAUCCACCGUUAACACUCCAACCAGUUGUACAGAAAGCCAUACAGAUGAUGAUGACGGUUUUGAAAAUAAAACCGUCACCAUAUCUUACAGCUUCCAAAAUGCCGUCACUGAAACUCACAACUCCCAUAUAGAAAAGCUGAAUAUGUUGAACGAAAAAGAAGCCAAGCUACCUACAAAGCCAGGGCCACGGGAAAGAAAAAACAAAGCUAAUUCAGGUUAUCGUAGAAACGAAUGCAAAAAAUCAUCCUCAAGAUUAAAUUUGGGUUCCGUUUUGAAAAAACUUUGGUCGAGUUCUGGAAAAUCAAACACAAAGCCUAAUAAGAAGUAUCCGAAAAAAAAGUUGGACCCUGACAAUGAUAUCGCUGACCAUUUUGUUGAGCUUCCCGACAUCGAAAAUGAUAUCGAAUUGAUGAAUGCAACUUUGAACAGCAUUGAAAUUGAUGACGAUGAAACCUUAAUGGAUGCGAAUUCGAUAUUUGAUGAUUUGCUGUCAAAAGAAAACAGCAAAUGUGACUCAAGGCAGAAACAGCUGGAAAUACGACAGAAACUACACGAGACCGCGCCUAACGAUCAUACAGACACCUUUCACCGUAAUUUGAAAGAGAAAAGCAUCAACGACGCUUUAUUUGAUAAGACUAUUAUUGAAGAUUUUUCAAAGCUCGGCGAGUAUAUUAUUGACACAAGAAACCAACCGCCACCUAGGUCCACUAAGAGACCUUCUUUGGAUAACAACGAAUCAGCACGACACUUUUACAGCAUGCCCACAGAUUCACGACAGCCCUUGUUUGGUACGAUAAGCUCACCAAUGGAUAUUGGAAAUGACAUAAUAGACAGAUUGAGAAAUGAUUGGGAAUAUAUCAGGUUCGAUGAUUGUGGGAAUUCGCCCCCUAAAUCCUCGUCAAACAACGUCGAAGCUGUAUCAAAACCAUCCAAAAAAAAAGGCGUCCGGUUUGCUGAAGAAGUGUGCCUAGCAAGUACUUGGUCACCGAAUGUAUACGAGAGAGCCAAUCCAGAAUUUAUCAUGAAUCGCCAUAGAUUAUUGUGGAUGAUGAAGGUGAAUCCGAGCAUGAAUAAAGCCAUGAACGAGGUUAAACUGGAACUUAACUAUUUUAAAAGAAACGAGAUGGUUGUCCAUAAAAACAGUAAGUGUUUCACGCAUUAUCUGAUCUAA